CGCCCCUUCUGCAGUCAGUUCCGAGUGCACUUCUAUUUCAUGCUUUUGAUCACUCUUUUCCAAACUCCUCACAGCUGGAUCAAUCUCAGAUGAUGGCCAGCACUUCAACAGGGAGGGUUCUUCAUCCAUACUGGCCCAGGGAUCUUCUGAUCCCCACCUAUGUGCCCAAUGACAGGUCCAUGUCAGAGAUCUUGGUGUUUCUGUUCUCGGUGUCUGGAGUGUUUCUGCUGGUCACCUGGUUCAUCACAGGUCUAGGAAGGGCCACUGGCGGGCUGGGGACAUGGAGGCGCCUGGCCCUGUGCUGGUUUGCUGUCUGUGGCUUCGUCCAUGGAGUCAUCGAGGGCUGGUUCUGCCUGUUUUAUGACAUUAUUCCAGGAGACCAGAGCUUCCUGUCUCAGCUCUGGAAAGAGUAUUCCAAAGGAGACAGUCGCUAUGUAAUGGCUGACAACUUCACUGUCUGCAUGGAGACUGUGACUGCGUGUUUAUGGGGACCCUUCAGCUUUUGGGCUGUGUAUGCUUUUUUGGCCAAUAAACCCUACAGAUUUGUUCUGCAGCUCAUUAUUUCAUUAGGUCAGCUGUACGGAGAUGUGCUUUACUUCUUCACCGAGCACCGAGAUGGCUACUCUCACAGCGAACUGGGACAUCCAGUCUACUUCUGGUUCUACUUUGUGUUCAUGAACGGGCUGUGGAUUGUCAUACCACUGGCACUCAUUGUGGAUGCAUGGAAGCAGCUGUCAGCAGCCCAGACACACACUGACAACACAAAGUCUCACAAAACUAAGAAGAAGUGAGAACAACAGCCAUGAACAGACUGUGGGACGGUUGGACUUUGACUACAUGGAAUACUGAAUGAAGACAAGCGUCUGCUUGGAAUGAAAAGCUUUAGAGAUCAAGUCAGAGAAAUAUUUUUUUAUAUCUGUCUGCAAUAAAAUGUUAAUUUUGAAGCAUAACCUUGUGCUUCUCAUAUUUUUAAAUUUUACUGUGGAGCACAAUAUGUUAACCCAGUUCUAUAUUUGACACUUUAUUUUUCAUCUUGUGCAAACUUGUGAUUUUACUGUAAGUAGCUACAGAAUAUGAAAUGUCCUUAUUUUACAUAAAUGAGGCCAUUGAUUAAAAAUGAUUUAUGAAAUUCUUAACAUUGUUCACGGUCUCAUGAUGUGUACAGUAGUUCAGAUGACUUUUUUAUUAUCUGUAUUUGUUAAUGUGCCAAUCAAUGUGUAAUCUCUUGUACUUAAAUGUCCAGUCUCAAAACAGGUCUGUGAGAUUAGCUAGGGUUUUGCUUUGCAUCUUUCAGCAUUCAUGUCAACAUGAAAAGAUGGGACAAAACACAGAAAAUUUGAUUAAUUCAAAUGCAUUUUAUUCGCAAAAAGAUGACAAACAAAACAUUAUGACACAAGGAAGACCCAAAGAGAAAGAAGUCAAAUAAAGUUGCCUGAAAAUGACCC